AUGAAGGCUGCGUCAGGAGCGUCGAGCAUGAAGGAAGAAGAGCGCGCCGUGACUUGGACUGUCCGGGUAGGUGUCGAGCAAAGAAGGAGUGAGUCAAGCUCGCGACGAGGUUACCAGCGGGUAGCGACAGGCCGUCAUUCAUUGAUUGACAAGCAGGCAAGUGCUAUCCAGAGAGCGUUAUCGACGAGGCCUCGGGGCGAAGCGGCGAGCAGCGAUUGGGGUGUGUAUGGACAGUGGCGUCUUGUGUAA